AUCGAACGGAACUGCUUCCGGUGUGAAGUCCGAGGUAAACGGAAGUUUUUUCGACAUUGACCGCAGUUAUCGUUAAAUAUGGUUUCACUGUCUUUAAACUCGUUAAAACAAAUCAUGAAAGCGAUGGUAGAUCACCAAGGCUUCGACAAAGUCCUGAGAAAGGUGGACGUCUUGUCUGCCACUCCGGGCAAGGUGGUGUGUGAAAUGCGGGUGGAGGAGGAGCACACCAACCGCGGGGGGACACUGCACGGCGGGUUGACAGCCACUCUGGUCGAUGUCAUAUCCACCAUGGCCAUCAUGUACACUGAGAGGGGAGCCCCGGGAGUCAGUGUGGACAUGAACAUAACAUAUGUGAAUGCCGCCAAGAUGGGAGAGGAUGUUCUCAUCACUGCACAGGUUCUGAAGCAGGGACGGACGCUGGCGUUUGCCACUGUAGACCUCACCAACAAGGCCACGGGGAAGCUCAUAGCACAAGGCAGACACACUAAACAUCUUGGCAGUGGCUAAGCAGUCUCCUCUUUGCCAGUCUUUAAAUCACAUUAUGUGCAAUGUCGAAACAAGGGACUGAGGGAAAGUUCUCAAUAACAGUGUGCUGAGCAAGAGAUGGACUCCAUGUCCGCUGGUUGCUAAAUGAAUCCUUCUGCCUUUGUUGAAUCUAUGUUAACAGUUAAAGAAACUAAUAGCUGUAUGUUGAGUCAAUUCUGUGACAACUACUGUAUCAAUGGUACCAUUUCAUGCACAUGUAAUAAAAAUAGACAAGAGUUAUGCUUUCAGAA